GCUGUAACAAAGGCAAAAGGCCUUUUAGGAGAUUAUAUGUGAGCAAGAACUAAUGAUGCAUAACCGUCAUGUGAUGUGCAAUACACACCAAUGUUCACACCCGUCAGACUAAGAGCUCUCCUGGUUCCAGCACCUCUCUCUCUGCUAACUUGUACCAUGGCUACAGCAAGUGAGCCUGCGAUUGAUGCUGGCAUUCUGCCUAAGAUUUCUAAGAACAUGCUCCUCAAUGUGAAGACGAAAGAAUCUAUUUCACUGGAGUCGUUGUGGACAGAGAAGCCGGUCGUGCUCCACUUCAUGCGCCGGUUUGGAUGAGUAAUGUGUCGGCUGGGGGCUAGGAACCUGAAUGCCCUCAGGCCGACAAUGGAUGCUAAUGGGGUGGAUUUGGUGGUAAUUGGGUUGGAAGAAUUUGGGGCAGAAGAGUUUGUGGAGUUGAAUUUCUUUGAGGGAGGAGAUGUUUUUGUUGACAAGGGAAAGAAAACGUAUCAGGACUUGGGCUACAAGCGCUACAACUUUUUGAGUAUUUGGGUGGCCCUCUUCACAAAGAUCACUCGAUCUGCUAUAUCUGCUGCGAAAGCACAGAGUAUCCAGGGUAACCUUUCUGGUGACGGCCUUCAAAAUGGAGGCACUCUCAUCGUUGCCAAAGGUGGUGAACAGGUGCUCCUCGAUCACCACGAGAAUGACAUCGGUGAUCAUGUUGCUAACGAGGCUAUCCUCAACGCCCUCAGCCUCACUGAAGUUACUAGUCCCGGCACACCAGUGGACAAAGAAGCCACGGCUAAGGAUGUUCAAGCUACAGAAUAGCAACAAAAAAACUUCCUCAAAUCUUGUGUGAUUACAAAUGUAUGCUUACAAUAUCGUUUAGUAUAAUUUUUUUUUUGCAUUUUAAAGUUUGUUUUGUGUGACUAAUGAUGGCCGCCCACUAAUUCCUAUAAAUGGAAGUGAGUCGUUCUUGAAGUUUUUAUCACUCAUUACUUACAAAUAAGAACUGCUGUCUUGUUUUAUUAAAUUCUUCACAGACUGAUAGUUGAUUAACAAUUAACUGA